AUGAGGGCUUCCACUCUUAGUUUGCUGUUUUUCUUCCUUUUCUUUCCUCUUCCUUGGCUGAAUCUGAUGAAGGAAAGGAGGUGCAAAUGUAUGCUGGUCCAAGGGAUGCUUCUGACAGCAUGCAGGAUGGUAUUCAUCGGUUCUUUGGAUGUCUCUGGCUUGGGACUGGUUUCCAGCAGCUUACUUAAGGAGCCUGCCAUCUACUCCUCACGUGUUCUCUGUUUUUCAAAAAAGGCUGAAGCUCUUGAGAUUUUCUCCAGUUGGACUCACAAAACAGAACAUAUUCAAAGAAUUCAUGCAACCACUGGGUUGCCAUUUAGCUCAAUGCUUUUCUUUGAUGAUGAGGAUAGGAAUAUUCAAACGGUAUCCAAAAUGGGUGUGACAAGCAUUUUAGUUGGUAAUGGGGUGAACCUUGGAGCUUUGAGGCAGGGAUUGUUGGAAUUCUCUCGAAAGUCAGCUUCAUCUAGCCGGAGAAAAGAUGCAUUCUGCUAUAUUCUCACCAAGUAA